CUUUCACCGCUUAACGCCCGUCCGCACUCACACACACAAUCGUACACGUCUUAAAGCACGCAAUUUUCUCAAUUGAAGCUUGAAACGGGAAUCAGAAUGCCUUUUAGUGGUGUAGAACUCUCAGCGGCACGGUACGGCAAAGAUAAAGUACGAGUUCUCCGAGUUGUGCGCGGCGAAGGAUGGCACGAUGUUGUAGAGUAUGAAGUAUGCGCGCUUGUGGAAGGUGAUAUUAGUACCAGCUACACGCAGGCGGAUAAUAGUGUUGUAGUAGCGACUGACUCGAUUAAGAACAUUACGUAUUAUAUUGCAAAGACUUCGGCAUUCGUACUCGUACCGGAGAUCUUCGGCUUACACCUUGGCGCUUUCUUGUUGGGCAAGUACGAGCAUCUGCAUCGCGCGUUCAUCACUGUUACGCAGCUGCGGUGGCAGAGGAUUACGGUUGAUGGUAAGAAACAUCCAAAUUCGUUUUGGAGAGACGGAGAUGAGAAGAGAACUGUGAAUAUCGAGAUUGACGCGACGCAAGGGAAGGACGCAAUGACGGCGAGGGUGACGUCUGGGAUCCGCGAUUUACUCGUGCUCAAAUCAACGGGAUCUGCGUUCAGCGGUUUCGUACGGGACGAGUUCACGACGCUCGUUGAGGUCGAUGACCGCAUCCUCUCGACCUCGAUUGACUUGCAAUAUGAAUUUGCAUCGAUCUCGCUCGGCGAACAUAAGUCGCUCGAGAAGAAGCUCGAGGAGAUUAAAAAAUCGCAUGAGUUUGACAGAUUUGCAGCGCGCGCACGCGAAAUAACGUUGGCAAUAUUUGCGAAGGAUGAGAGUGCGAGUGUGCAGGCGACGCUAUUCCGGAUGGCCACAGAAAUCAUCAAGGAGAAUCAGCACGUACAGCGCGCGUCAUAUGCAUUACCGAACAAGCACUACGUGCCUGUGGACAUGAAGUACAUCGGGGUGGACAACAUGACACCCGCAAAGGCGGAGGUGUUCUGCCCACUUGCGGCACCGAGCGGACUGAUAACUGCAAGCGUCGACCGCAGGGCUGCUGAGUAGAGUUUUUGCCUUACCUGAAUUUACUGUUGUUGUACCAAUAAAUACAUACAUACAAAAGCGGGAGGAUAAAAGGAGCAAG